AUGGCCGCUCCUGAAGUUCAAACCAUAUGUUCCCUGCCGCAAAGGCAGCGAAAGAAAAAACACCCAGAUCUCGCGCCCAAGGAACGUCGUCAUGAUGCCACGUUACUAGAAACUUGCGGCGAAGGCCAAUAUUCACAGCAUAAUGCAGAAGGCUUGUUGACGAUGAACGACCAGGAAGUCGUGAUGGCACUCGAUUGGUCCGGCCACAAUUGGUCCGAUGACAUGCAGUUUGUCUCGCACCCCAUGGACAGGUGUUAUGCUUCCAAUUCUGGUGGCGAAGUCGACGAACACCUCGGCAGUGCGUUGAAGCCUGUGGCGGCUCAGCUUGCAGCGGACAAUCCUCAGGCAAUAUCAGGUUCCAUCCCGCCCGGCAGCGGUGAUGGGCCCACGGUAGAUGUUGCCGAUGACAAUUUGAUCCAGACAGCGUUGACCUGGCCCAAAGCCGGUACUGCCAAGCAGUCGGUGGAUCUUUCAAGGCUCGGUAUGGACCAACUCAGAGGUCCUCACUACUCCUCCCCUCUUUCCUCGCCGGGCUCGAGCGCAUCUGCUCCUGCACCCGCCAAUGCUGAGAGCCUCUCUCUGAAGAGCCCCCUUAAUGACGAUGCGGGCUUUCAGCAUUGGCUGAAUGAAGGUCAACAGCACGUCAUCGCACCGAUAUUCAACAGGACGAAGCGAUUACUGGGGGACAGCCAUCAUGGCAGUGUUUUCGAUAUUGCCUCGAUCCCAGUCGACGAUGGGAUUGAUUCUCAAGACCAGGGCCUCGACUAUUGGAGACUCGUCGCAUCAAUGGCAGUCACGACGACAAUCUCGAUGACAAUCGAUUGGCUGUGA